CAGCGCAGGAGCAGGGUUGAAGCGGGCCGUCGGGGCUGAGCAGCGGGAUGAUGGAGGAGGAGGAACUGGAGUUCGUGGAGGAGCUGGAGGCCGUGCUGCAGCUCACGCCUGAGGUGCAACUAGCCAUCGAGCAGGUAUUUCCAAGCCAGGAUCCUCUUGAUCAAGCUGACUUCAAUGCUGUUGAGUACAUCAAUACUCUGUUUCCAACAGAGCAAUCUCUGGCAAACAUAGAUGAUGUCGUGAACAAAAUUAGACUGAAAAUAAGGAGACUGGAUGAUAAUAUCCGGACUGUCGUAAGAGGUCAGACAAAUGUGGGGCAGGACGGAAGGCAAGCACUCGAAGAGGCCCAGAAAGCCAUUCAGCAGCUCUUUGGCAAAAUCAAGGAUAUCAAAGACAAAGCAGAAAAAUCAGAACAAAUGGUGAAGGAAAUCACCCGAGAUAUUAAGCAGUUAGACCAUGCCAAGCGCCACCUGACCACCUCAAUCACGACACUGAACCACCUACAUAUGCUCGCCGGUGGGGUCGACUCCCUGGAAGCCAUGACCAGGCGCAGACAGUAUGGAGAAGUUGCCAACCUCCUUCAGGGCGUAAUGAAUGUUCUGGAGCACUUUCACAAGUACAUGGGAAUCCCACAGAUCCGGCAGCUUUCUGAGAGGGUGAAGGCUGCGCAGACUGAGCUAGGACAGCAGAUCCUGGCUGAUUUUGAAGAGGCGUUUCCUUCACAGGGUACCAAGAGGCCAGGAGGACCCAGCAAUGUCCUGAGAGACGCGUGCCUGGUGGCUAAUAUCUUGGACCCCAGAAUCAAACAGGAAAUCAUCAAAAAGUUUAUUAAACAGCAUCUAUCAGAGUAUCUAGUACUUUUUCAAGAAAAUCAAGAUGUCGCCUGGCUGGACAAAAUUGACAGACGUUAUGCCUGGGUGAAGCGCCAGCUUGUGGACUAUGAGGAGAAGUAUGGUCGGAUGUUUCCGCGCGAGUGGCACAUGACGGAGAGGAUCUCAGUAGAAUUCUGCCAUGUGACGAGGACAGAACUUUCCAAAAUCAUGAGAGCCAGAGCUAAGGAAAUUGAAGUGAAAUUGCUUCUUUUUGCAAUUCAGAGAACAACUAACUUUGAGGGGUUUCUUGCAAAACGCUUCUCCGGUUGCACCCUGUCAGACGGAACUCUGCUGAAAAAGCUGGAGUCCCCACCACCAUCUACCAAUCCUUUCCUGGAAGAGGAGACAACACCAGAGAUGGAGGAGCUGGCACUGGAGAAAGGAGAAUUAGAGCAACCAAAAAAGCCGAAAGCCCCAGACAAUCCAUUUCAUGGCAUUGUUUCCAAGUGUUUUGAGCCUCAUCUCUACGUGUACAUUGAGUCCCAGGACAAAAACCUCAGCGAGCUGAUAGACCGGUUUGUGACAGAUUUCAAAGCCCAGGGCCCACCGAAACCGAACACUGACGAAGGGGGUGCUGUACUCCCCAGUUGUGCUGACCUCUUUGUCUACUACAAGAAGUGCAUGGUGCAGUGCUCACAGCUCAGCACAGGCGAGCCCAUGAUCGCCCUGACUACCAUAUUCCAGAAGUACCUCCGAGAAUACGCCUGGAAGAUCCUCUCUGGCAAUCUGCCUAAGACCAGCAGCAGCAGCGGGGGGCUGACCAUCAGCAGCCUCCUCAAAGAGAAGGAGGGCUCUGAAGUGGCCAGGUUCACUCUGGAGGAGCUGUGCCUCAUCUGCAGCAUCCUCAGCACAGCCGAGUACUGUCUGGCCACCACCCAGCAGCUAGAAGAAAAACUCAAAGAAAAAGUGGAUGUGAGUCUGACUGAACGAAUUAAUCUCACUGGAGAAAUGGACACAUUCAGCACUGUCAUCUCCAGCAGCAUCCAGCUGUUGGUUCAGGAUCUGGACGCAGCCUGCGAUCCUGCCCUGAUUGCCAUGAGCAAGAUGCCGUGGCAGAAUGUGGAGCAUGUUGGUGACCAGAGCCCUUAUGUCACUUCUGUUAUUCUUCACAUUAAGCAGAACGUCCCUAUCAUCCGUGACAACCUGGCUUCCACACGGAAAUACUUCACGCAGUUCUGCAUUAAAUUUGCAAACUCAUUCAUCCCCAAAUUUAUCACCCACCUCUUCAAGUGCAAGCCAAUCAGCAUGGUGGGAGCAGAGCAGCUGCUGCUGGACACGCACUCCCUGAAGAUGGUCCUGCUUGACCUCCCAUCCAUCGGCUCCCAGGUGGUGAGGAAGGCACCUGCCAGUUACACUAAGAUCGUCGUAAAAGGCAUGACCCGGGCUGAAAUGAUUCUCAAGGUGGUGAUGGCCCCUCAUGAGCCAUUGGUGGUAUUUGUUGACAACUAUAUCAAGCUCCUUACGGAUUGCAACACAGAAACCUUCCAGAAAAUACUGGACAUGAAGGGGCUGAAGAGGAGUGAGCAGAGCGGCAUGCUGGAGCUCUUUCGACAGAGGCUCCCCGCCCCACCCUCAGGGGCAGAAAAUUCCAGCACGCUGUCCCUAAUGGCUCCAACACCAGAGCAGGAAUCAUCCCGCAUCCGCAAACUUGAGAAACUGAUUAAGAAGAGACUGUAAGGAAUAUACAGACAUUGCCAGGGACCCGGAGCGACUGAUUUCUGGAAACCCUCACUCUCAGGACUCUAGGUCCUCAGUCUUGAAACCUCUAGGGGCAUUACGGUUAUUAAACUAUCUCUCCCA